AUGAAAUUUUUAAAGGUUGCUCUAAUUUUCUCGGCGCUAAGUGGUGUUUAUGCCGACUUAGAACAUAAUCUCAGAAUACAUAAUGAUAUUCCUGUGGAAUACGAUAGCGAUGCUGCUUCUGCUGAUAUCGGCUCAGAGGACGAGCCACACCAACAAGAACCUAAAAUUGCUAACUUUUUGAUUGAAUACGAUGUGUUAGAAGAGGAUGGCAGAAUAUCAUCCGGUCUGAUCGAGGUAGAAAAUGGUAAGUCGCUUUCCUUCUCUUACAAUUUUACAAAUAGCGAGGAUGCAGACGUGAAUGUGUAUGCAUUUGGAGGAAGCAUCAUUGAUAUGGGAAGUAGCCAAAUUAUUGCUGAUAUUCCAAGAACUGAUUUCAGCCCAGUUCAUGUGGCAAUAAACGAGAGUGCUCGUUUACUGCAGAAAUUACCAAUUGAUUUACCGGAAGGCAUUCUGUACGUCUUACCUCACAUCUACGUUGACAAAGACGGCGAACAAAUGAAAGUGGGUGCAUCUCCUAUUUCUAUUCAGGUUGUUCCUCCUCCAUUGUCAAUAUUCAACCCCCAGUUUUUGUCUAUCCAACUGUUCUUGCUAGGGCUUGUUGCCGCGAUUUCCUACUAUGUCUUUGGCUUCAGCUUCAAGACUACGAAACAACCCGUCAAAAAACAAAACAGAGCUAGUAAUUCAAAUGAAUGGUUACCGGAAACUCAUAUCAAAUGA